UACGACUUUUAUCGUCAGUUUAAUUUAUUGCCAUCGUUUAAGAUUUGCUUCCGCUUGUAUUCGAUUUAACCCGAAUCUCUGAAUAUAUAAGAAACAUCAGCAUCAAAAUGAUAUUCGGUCGCUGUACGCGAAAACAAAUAAUCACAAUGAGCGCUCUGGCUGCUGGUGUCGUCCUGGCAAUCGUUGCCAUAAGCGUCUUUAGCCAAGUGGAGUCCAAGGAGCCUCCAUGGGCGUCACACCGUGUGAACAAGUGCUUCAAGACACUGCCGAACACAACAAAUUCCACACUCGAACUGGUCCACAUUGUCUUCAGACAUGGCAUACGCACACCUGUCGACACCUUUCCAAAUGAUCCCUAUCUCAAGGAUAGCUUCAAGCCCACCGGUUGGGGUCAUGUAACCAAUCGCGGAAAGAAGGAGCUCUUUGAUAUGGGUCGCUGGUUGCAUCGUCGCUACGGUGACUUCAUGGGACCGUAUUACAGACCCGACAGACUUCAUGCUCAAGCUACAGCAUCUCCUCGAGCUCUGAUGUCACUGCAGACUACACUGGCCAGCAUGUUUGAGCCUCGGGGCACAGCCAUGGAAUGGAAUCGGCAGCUCAACUGGCAGCCCAUUCCGAUUGUAUCCGAGCCAUUGGAACAGGAUUCGCUGUUGUUGGUGCGAACGCCAUGUCCACGUUACUAUGAGGCAAGGGACGAGGUGUUCAAGCUGCCCGAGGUGAUUGCCGAGCAGGAACCCUACGCAGAUAUGCUCCGAGAGCUGAGCAAUCUGACGGGAAUGCCAAUGCGCAAUGCCGAGGAUGUUAACUCCCUCUAUAUCACGCUGUUGGCCGAACAGGAGUUUGGCUACAAGCUGCCCGUCUGGGCCAAGGAUUACUUUCCGAAGCGCAUGCAGUUCCUGGCCGAGCAGAGCUAUGUCUAUAAUGCGUAUACGCCCGAGAUGCAGAAGAUCAAGGGUGGACCAUUUUUGCGCAAGAUGUACGAUGAAAUGUUGGCGAAACAGGCGGGCACUUUGAGGCCCAAGGAUCGAGGCAUGUUCAUCUAUACGGGACACGACUGGACCGUGGGCAACAUACUUUCCGCCCUAGGCGUUUGGAAGCGCCAAAUGCCGCGCUUUGCCGUUAUGGCGAUCUUCGAGACGCAUAAGAAUCGAGAGACAGGCGAAUACUAUGUAGAGAUAUUUCUGCGCAACGAUGAAUUCGGCUGCCUGGAACCGUUGAAACUGGCGGACUGCGAGUUGCAGUGUCCACUGAAUCGCCUCAUCGAACUCAGCGAAUCGGUGCUCCCAAAUGAACCCAUGGAGCAACGUUGUCGCGCUCGUAAUGCCGAUUUCGUGGAACCACCGCCACGGCCAAUCGAUCAGCAAUAAAAUAAUAUUAUUAAAGUAGACAUGCUAAACAAUUUGUUGCUUGCACUCAGAGAACUCAGUAUUAGACAGUGGCAGUUUCCACAUGAAUCUGCGGAAUAAAAUCCAAAUAAAAUCAACAUAAAAAGUAAA